AGACAGAGGAACUCUGCCUAGAAGGCCAGCAUCCCGGAGUCGCCUCUUCAUUGUUGACGUUGAGACUGCAAUGUAGCAGCCAAAUGGCAAAGUUGCCACAUUAUGACUACCUGUACAAAUCAUCCAUGGCUUUUGGUAGCUAUUGUUAGGUUUGUGCUAAUGUUUGCCUUGAGCGCCGAAUGUCACAAAAGUUUAGGGAUAACAAGUAUCAUUCACUUGAUACAUGGAGGGACUGUUGUUAAUGCUGUAGCUAAUGUCUAUCACCUUGGGUAUGAAGUAUCCCCCCAGUGUUGCGUCUUUGCUAGCCAUCUUGGGGAAACCCAGCGGCACAAUGUUGCCCAUCCCCUGUGUCUCAUGGAUAACAGUGUCAGUGUAGGACAUGUUGGGCUGGCGGGACUGGCCUGUCACUGUUUAUCUCAGCCUGGAUCUUCCCUGGAGGGAAAAGGUGAAGGGAUCAAUCAAUUGAUCAAUAGAUCAAUCAAAUAAUCAAUCAAUCAAUCACGCGGGUGCUGUGGAAGAGUCGACUCCCCCUGUAUCUCUGAGUAGUUCAUCAUGUAGACCAGGGCCUAGCAUAAAGGGGUGGCAACGGUCUUCAUCCCAGCCUCGAUCAGGUCCAGGGUACUUAACACUAGGGUCUCUGUAUUGAACACUGACAUACUGAGUUUCAUAAUUCAAAGAGCCAACCAAAGAGGGGGGAAGUCUGUCAUAUGAAAAUCAGUGCUCCCCCUUUCCAUUACAAAGACAUGGUUCCCACACCCUGCUGAACACGGGGUUUCAAUUAGUUUCAAAUACCACCGAUACCAACAUCUUCACAUUAUGAAAUGACUCCACUGACAACUAUAGGGCAAAACGUCAGAAACGUCAUUGCUUAUGACCUUUUUAAUCUGAACAUGGACUGUUUGAAGAGUUUUAUCUCAAGUUUUUUGUGAUCUGUUCUGGUUGGAUUUCCCCUCCAGCCCUUUGAUGAUGGAGAUGGAAACUGACUGGGGUAAAGAAAUCAGAAAUCUAGAGCAACACGACCGAGCUUCCAGCUCUGACACACGUACACUUUUCAUUCACACUCUUCUCAACACACACACAUGCUCGUCACAAUGGAAGAGGCACAUGUAUAGCUUCCUAAUCAAUAUCUGUUAUAUUUGGAAGCCUCUCUCACACACACACACACACACACAAACACACACACACACACACACACACACACACACACACACACACACACACACACACACACACACACACACACACACACACACACACACACACACACACACACACGUAUACUGUAGUAUAGUAUAGUACAUUUUUGAUCUAUGGUCUUUAUAGAAUGCAUUUGGGACACCAUGUGUGGAGUAGGCACCUCUGAUGAGGAGAUGGGACUGUGAGUAGUGCAUUGGAUUUAACUUGACCGGCAAGCAGGGUUGGUGGGGUUUUCACUUUUCAAUUGAUUCCAUUGUAGCAAACAAACUAGAUCAAAGACACCAUUAAACACACCAUAAAAUUGCAUAACAUGGCAGCACUUAAUUAUUGCAGCCAUACCAAAAAUGAUAUGCAGGAAAGUAGUCUACUUUGUAAUCUGCUAACAACACAUUUAGUGAAAACAGUUAUUGAGGACACCGACCUCUGAGUUAGCUGAGUUAACAGAACCGCUGUGGUUCCUUAAGUGGGGCAAAGUAACAUAGAAAGUUUCUGCUAAAAUACCUCAGAUCUAGGUCAUUGCCUCCUUUAAAGAAGUUUCAUCACCAAGUAUAAGAACAAAGAUGACAAAAACAUCUUGCAAGCAAGUCGUCAGCAAAUGAAGGUUUAGUAAUACCUGGAUUAUGCUGAAUGUUAAUCUUUAUUUUACUAUUUGACAUAAUCCACAGAUGGGUUAUCAGUCCUCUUCAAAGAAGGGAUGUGGACACUUUAACAUGCUGACACAGAAAGCCAGAGAACAGGUGAGAUGAGUCUCUUCAGAACCAUUUGGAGGACUACCGUCAUAUUUCUCUUGUACAGAUGUACAUUCCAGGUUCCAGCCAGCCCCUCAGGUCCGAGAAUGGGUAUCAUCUGUCAGGGGUCUGUGACUGUAGAACCUGGGCCACUCUUUCACAUGGGUUCCAACCUUACAGUGUACUGCACAACCACAAAGCCCCACUGUGGCCAGAGUUUAUCUGUGGAACUGAAUGGGCAGGACCAGACGGCACUAGAGAUCUUGAACUGUUCCACUGUCCGGCUGAGACUGACUAACCUCCGCACACCAAACUCCAUUCUGGUCUGUAGGCUGCGGCAAACAGACGGACGCAUACAGACUGUUUGUGGGCUAGACCUACACACUGGAUACCCUCCUGAUGAGCCCAGUGGUAUAGCCUGCCAGGCUUCCAGGGACUCAGAGGAGAUCACCUGUAGCUGGAGCAGAGGACGGGAAACACACCUGGUCACAACCUACUAUGUCUCAUUCAGGAGUGUGAACAGAGCCCAGGUGUUUCACCGUGACAUCCAGGGUACUGGUGUGUUCAGUAUUCCACGGUUGGAGCUGGAUGAGAAUGAACAGUACCAGCUGAGUAUAAGAGCUCACAACCACCUGGGAACAUCACUGUCCCAACCCUUCAACUUCUCUGUCAAUGAUGUAGUGAUACCAGACACCCCUCAGAUCAUGAAGCUGGAGUUUUGGAGUGGCUCCAGGGCGGCUGUAUUGCACUGGAACUGCUCUGAAUACCCAAAACCUUUAAGACCCCACGUCAGGCUCAGAACAGGCAAUGGCUCCUGGGUGGAGCUACACUUGGAUCCGAGCAGAGGCCUGGUCAAGGUGGAGGGCCUGAAGCCCAUGACACAGUAUGAGUUCCAGAUCAGAGUCUGUUUCUCCAUAGAGAGGCCAACCUCUGCACAGAGGUCCACCGCUGCGCUCAGGAACUCCUCCACCCAAAGGCCCCUCUGCAGUAGAUGGAGCCCAUCAGCUAGUAAAACAAGCCCAGGCAUAGCCCCCACUAGAGAGCUGGAUGUCUGGAGAGUGUUUGGUAUCCCUGGGGUGGAUGGGGUUCAGGAUGUGACAGUACUGUGGAAGCCCCUGUCUCCAGGUGACUAUAGUGGUCAUGUGUUGAGGUAUGAUCUGGUCUACCUGCAUCAGGGUCAGAGACAGGAGGAGAUCACCUAUCCUGCUGGUGUCACCCAGUGUUCUGUCCAGGUGUCACCUGGGGUUCAGGAGUUGUUUGUAAGGGCUGUCACCUCCUACGGGACAUCUCCACCUGCUACCAUACAGCUCAAACACACAGGUGUGUCUGGGCCUGUUCUGAGAAACCUCAGUCCGGCAAACGUAGAAGGAGGGGAUGCAGUUGCCCUGUCCUGGUCGUGGGAUGGAUCUAGUGGGGCUGAAGCGGAGGUACUGUUGGGCUUUUUGGUGGAGUGGAAGAGUGGACGUCAGGAACUGGGCUGGCAGAGAGUGGCCAGGAAGAGAAACACAACACUCAUCACAGGUCUGACGCCGGGAGUGAGGUAUAAUGUGUCUCUGUAUGCUGACACUACAUGGGGUGUGUCCAACCCCUCAUCUGGCCUGGUCUAUUCCAGAGAAGAUAAACCUGUGUCGGUACCGAAGGUGUCAGUGUUGGCCCAUGAAACCAGCCGGGUUCUGAUCCAAUGGGAGGAGCUACCAGUGGACCAACAGAGAGGCUUCCUAACACACUACAACAUCUACCUCAAGAGACUGGACUCUGACACAGAUCAGAAUCAGAGGGUGACUGUAUCAGGGUCCAUUACAGUGUCAGGGCCCAGUCAGAGGUGGCUGGAAUGUCCUGAGGGGGCCGUGGCCCUCAGAGUGUCUGCCUCCACAGCUGCAGGGGAAGGACCACAGGGGGAGUGGCUACUCUCGCACUCUCCAGUCACUGCAGUUGGGCUGGUGGCUGGCAUGUCGCUCGUGGCAACCAUUAUCAUGGUGAUAAUGGCGAGCCUGAUGUUUUGGAGCUGUGUGAGGAAAAGGAUCAAACAGACAUGUUUAUCCCUGGGUCCUGUCUGGCUUUCUGAGAACCUCCCCAAGCCUGGAAACAGCAAUGCUAUCAGACUACUGAAGCAUGAAGAGCCAGUGGUCCCAGCUUUGUCCUGGUUGUUCACCGUCAGUGACCCACCACUGUCCCCCAUUGAGGAGAUCCCUCCUGGGGAGAGGGAGGAACUGUACCCCAUCAUCCACAUCGUGCGGCUCCAGGGUGGGGCCAGGGCCGGGGGAGGAGAGGGGACAGGAGAAAGGACAGCAGCACCUCUGGAGAAUAUUGGAUACAAACCCCAGAUUACAAUCACAGCUCCACGAGACAAGACAGAGAAGGAGGAAUACAGGGGACACAUUCCCAGCUGUGAGAGUACAGACAGAUGCCCUGAGGAGUCUGGAGGACUGCUAGGAGGCUGGCUGUGUGAUAUAACAGUAGAUUUCUCUGGCAUUUCUCCAGCACUGGAUCUGAGCUCAAUGGGGCGGAACACCUCCCUAAGCCCUCCCAAGAUAACAAGCCUCUUCUCUGGGGACACGUGGCUGGAUGAGAAGGGGUUGGAGGUGGGCCUUGGCUCUCUGGACUCAGCACAGGGACAGAAAGUGGCUCUGGAAGACCCAGUUGGCUGUCUGGCUAAGACACUGACCACCGGUUACUUCCCCCAGGCUGCUGACCUCAACACCACUACCUACAACCACUGACAGAGACAUCUUUAAAGCAUUAUCUUCUCCAUCCUUCAGUGAUGAGAGGAAAGGCAUUUGUCUGACCAACUGAACAAGAGUUCCAAUGAAUGGACUUUUAUACCAUUCUAGCAAAAUUUACAGUCAUACUAGUGUUUCAGAAUGAUGAACGGACUGAAAGGACACAUUCCUCAAUUACAUAAUAUACUAUAACAGUGGAUUUAUAACAAUUUCUGCUCGCUGCUAUUUAAAGAUUAUGGUUCACUAUAAAGAGUCUUUCAGUUGAUAAAUGAGUGCGAACCCAUUACACCCCUUUGUUUAUCUGAAUAUGCAGGUUUUACCCACCAGCCAAGCUUCUGGGAGAGCACGCUGGUUCUCUUUUGAUUUGUUGAUAAAUGUUUCCCUGUCAAUCCCUGUUUGUCUAUUGAUGUAUAGUGUACCACACAAUGGGUUUCGUGUCCAAAGAAGACAGAUGUUGAGAACAUGUUAAGUUUACAACAUAGUUAUAUUCUGCAUCUGAGAAGUGAGGGAUACAGUAUUUGCACGCCACUGUGUAACAUGGUAUAAUAGUAAUGGUAUAGUAAUGCAGGGUAAACUGACCCUAGAUCUGUGCCAGGGCUGUGUUCUAUUCAUAGAGCCACCUGCUGUACCAGGCAGUUAUAGUGACUUCCUGAAACAGACUUCUCACUUCCUCCCUGAGAGCUCAUAAAACUGAGGGUGCAUCUCAAUAGUUUACGAUGCCUCCUCUCACCCCCUUGUCUCCUUGUAUCUUCAUCUCCUUUCCUUCAUUUGCUCUUAUCAAAAAUGUCUGGACUAAUGAAAUCAAAUUUCCCAGGAGGCCUCUGCAAUAUUGCUUUCAUUUGUCCUGUGUUUUAAAAUAAGUGCAGAUGAAGAAUAGGAGAGGAUUAGAGAAGAUAUUAGACAUCAAUUCUUGUGAGUGGAGAACAUCUGUAAAAAGUGUUAAUCUCCAAAUUCAGUGUGAGAGGGGGAUCCCCUACAACUGGCAAAUAUCACUCACCUGGUAUGUCACUACGGUUGCAUUUAGAGAGGCAGACCAAUUCUGAUCUUUUCCCCCCAAAACGGUCUUUUGACCAAUCACAUCAGCUCUGAAAAAUAACUGAUGUGGAAAUAUCUGAUGUGAUUGGUCAAAAAAACAAUUAGUGGGAUUUUUUUAAAUCAGAAUUGGGUUGCCUGUGUGCACACAGCCAUUUUAGGAUUGGGCUCAGAUGUGUAGGCUACUUGUCGUGCUCUGUUGAACCCGCAGAGGACAUAGCAGAGGAACUGAGAUGAGGGUUGGUCUUGUCAAAUGUCAACUGACACGCAUCUCAACCAAAACAGGCUCGCACGCUUUCAGCCAAACCACUGACACACACUGCACUGGACUAAGAAGAUAUUCAGAAAUGUAAAGGAAAAAUAUCAAAUGAGUGUAAGUAAAUUCAUAGGGAGCACGUUGUGUAUAAUUAACGAAUGCUGUUCGGUAGGGAAUUAUCAACUGUAUGAUGUCGGAGCUGGGUGAGUGGUGAUUUCUGUUUUUAUACAGGCUACAUUCACAUGGUCUAUUUUACUAAAUUGCUGCAGUUGAUUAUUGUAGUACAGGAUCAACCAUUUGAGUUAUCAGAAUAAUCUCAAUCAAUAAUCUGUUAUGGUGUCAUAGUGAACAUUGAGCAAUGUUCGACAUGCAUGGGAAGAUGUGCAGUCAUUUUCUUUUUCUAUUCUUAAAAAUAAAUAAAAAAUAUUGUUGUCCAAA